CCUGGGAAGCAGAUCAUGUUACAGUGCUUGCCUAGCACGAAUGGUACCUCAGUUACCCUCCAUCUCCAUAACCUCCCUCAAAAGACAAAAAAAGAGAAUGUGAUCGUAACUGUGUCUUAGUCAGCUGAGGCUGCUGUAACAAAACACCUCCCGCUGGAUGGCUUCAACAGAAGGCAUUUCUUUCUCACAGUUGUGAAGACUGGACGCUCAGAAGCAAGUGCCAAAUGGCUCCACGACUGGAAUGGGGUGGCCUCUGAGGUCACCUCAGUGACAGCAUCUCCAGGGAUCUCUGCACUACACCAACCAUCCACGAGCCACUGCCUCUUGUGAAUCCUGAUCCAGACUGAAGCCACCCAAUGUGCCAUAGGACAUCCCACCCAUGAUGACAACCAAGAAUAUUUUCCCAGCCUCAAAGCCAGUGACCUACAUCCUGCUCCAGACAUCUUCAGAAGCCCCCAAAUCCACCAAACCUUCCAAGACCAACAAAUCCAAGACACAGGACUCAGCCAGAAAAAUAUCCAAGCAGCACCUAGAGAACUGUGGAUACUACCUUUCUGAACCUAAAAACUUCUACUGCCUGAACCUGUGUCUCCUUGCAGCAGGGAAGCUUUUGGCCCCAGAGCCACAGGUACAUGUCCCUGUGCCCAAGGCCACAGAGACCUGUAUCCCUGAGGAUCCCACAGCUAGGCUUCAACUGGUACAUCAGGCAUGUGGGUUCAGAAAGUAUAUCAACCCAGCCCUGGGCCCUCCUAGAACUGCACACGCCCUAUCAGUCAUGAAGACACCCUCUGCGGAUGCCUUGAAGGUACCCUCUGUAUCAGUCAUGAAAACACCCUCUGCAGAUGCCAUGAAGGUACCCUCUGUAUCAGUCAUAAAAACACUCUCUGCAGAUGCCAUGAAGGUACCCUCUGUAACAAUCAUGAAGACACCUUCUGCAGACGCCUUGAAGGUACCCUCUGCAUCAAUUGUGAAGGCAUACCCUUCAGUGGUUUCAAAACAGUCCUCUGCAGGGACCAUGAAGCCAAGGACCAAGACCCAACCAAAGAACCAAAAGAAACAAGACAAAGAAAAACAUUGUCUCUCUCUUGACCUGGUGCUCGUCAACCCAAACCGGUCAGCUCCAUGCAUCCAACAUUUCCCUAUUCCAGAAGCCACAGAGGUCACCAUAUCAGGAACCCAUGGUAUUUGUUGAACUACCACACAAUAAACAUCUGUCUGCAGUGUCUGUCUCCUACACUGAGGCUAGUGCUCCCAGCUGCAUGGGCUGUGCACUGUGUAAGGGCAGCCUGCAUCUACAGGAGUGUUGCUAUAGAUGUGUGUCUUUGCUUUGACACAUCCAGCAGAUGGCAGUAAUGCGUCUUGGAGAACCAGAGGCUUCUAAUGAAAGAAAAAACUUCAAAAGAGCUAGGGGUGGUCUGGAGCUAUAGCUCUGUUGGUAGAAUGGUUGUCUAACGUGCAUGAAACCCUAAGUUCAAGACCCAGAAACUGCAUGAACUGGGAGGUGACAUGCAUCUGUACUCCCAGCAUUUGAUGGGUGAAAGUAAUCCAAAGUUCAAGAUAAUCCUUGGCUACAUAGAGUUUCUGAGGUCAGCCAUGGCUCAAGGUUUGCCAUGCAAACCUGGUGACCUAAGUUCAACCUCUGGAUCCCAUAAAAAGGUAGAAGGGCAGAUGUGACUCCACAAAGUUGUCUUCUGGUGCAUGUGUGGCAUGCAUACACCCCCACACACUGAGGUCCAAGCUCUGAAACCAGGAAGAGAGAAGGGUCACAGGAGGCUGGGAGGUUGACGAGAAUGGGAAGCAUGAUAGACAGAUAAGACUGUAUUAUUUGCAAACCUUAUUGACAAGCACAUGGGCUACUAGGUAGGCAGGAACCAGCACACAGGCAGACAUAAGCACACACUCAGACUGGCAUAUAGGCCACAUGGAGGUAGGCACACAGGUCUCCAGACAGGCAGGCUAGCAAAGGUGAAAGUAACAGCUCUCUCCUCUAACCCAAAGGCCAUAUUUAUGUAGACUCACACAAAAGUGGCAUUUUUAUAGUUAAUAAUAAUAGUUAAAUAAAAGAUUAUAAAGAUUAUAUUACAAUUUCCCCGGACAUCAAAGAUAUGCCUUUUUUUUUUUAACCAACUGCAUAUCCAUAUGAGCGCCAUGUUGUCUAAACAUAGACUGGCCUCUGCAACCCUCUGCCCCCUACACACAUACAACCAUGCACACACAACAGCAAUAAAUAAAGGCCGGUGGUGGCACUGGCAGAUGCUUUUCCUGGGUAGGAACAUGGUGCUCCAAGAAAGGUGGCAUUCCUACUCUGCCAGUGCCACUGGCUACCCAACCUAGUCAGGGACUAAAUUCCAAGACUCCACUUGUUCAUGUGCAAAAUGGGGUAAUAAACACCUCAUUGUGUGGUUGAGAGCGUGACGUGAGAUUAAAUCAUUUACCCCAGUGCUUCAACACAGACGGCACUUAAGGACAACCACGUGGGAGGCCAGCAGUGGACCAACAGAGUGACGCUUCACCCCUAACCUGUUGGUUAGUCUUGAUGGUCAGGUUGAGCAGUACUAAGCAGUUCAUGC